AAGACGGGCACGCUCCCGCCGUACGGCCCCGUCGGCGUCGCGGCCGCGCUCGAGGCCCUGCCCGACCAACGUGACGACGAAGGCCACGCUCUCUCGCACGAGUUCGCGCUGACGGACCGCGUCGCGCUCGUCUCGGGUGCGAACCGCGGGUUGGGCCUCGAGAUGGCGAGCGCUCUCGCGGAGGCGGGCGCACGCGCGGUGUACUGCGUCGACCUGCCCAAGGAGCCCGGGCCGGAGUGGGCGAAGGUGCAGGAGUACCUGGCAGGAUGACGGGCCUGCAGAGCGAGGCGCGCUUGGAGUACGUCUCUGCGGACGUGACGGAUCAGGAGGCGAUCUGGAAGGUGGGCGAGAUGAUUGGCGAUCGGGAGGGGCGGAUGGACGCGUGCAUCGCUGCUGCUGGUAUCCUCAGGCCGCAUACGGACUGUCUGCAGUAUCCGGCGAAGCAGUUCCAGGAGGUUAUGAACGUGAACGUAAACGGCGUGCUGUUCACGGCGCAGGCGGCUGGAAGGCAGAUGCGACGGUUCGGCAACGGAGGGAGCAUUACUCUGAUCGCAAGCAUGAGCGGCUCGAUUACGAACAGGGGGGAGCGCUGGGUGUCAUACAACACCUCGAAAUCCGCCGUCCUGCAGAUGGCACGGAGCAUGGCGUGCGAGCUGGGCCCAGAACGCAUCAGGGUGAAUACGCUUAGUCCUGGACACAUCUACACACACAUGACCGCCCAGGUCGUGGACAAGGACCCAGGGCUGGUGGACAAGUGGUCGGACUUGAACCCCAUGGGGCGGAUCGGGCGACCCGACGAGCUGAGGGGUGUGGUGACUUGGCUGGCGAGCGAUGCGAGCACGUUCUGCACAGGUAGCGACAUAAUUGUAGACGGUGGUCACCGGGCAUGGUAGACGACAUGAGUGUCAUUUCUUUUGGGGGUCAACUGGGUUUUACGAUGGGUCGUUGUUAUCACUGGUCGUUGUUGUCAUAUCUGCUGUACCUUUAGACGCACAGUACACUUGGGUAG